AUGCUGCCACGCUUCCUCGGCCUUCGAGGCAAUAGCCUCAAUAUUGCAGCUAUCCUGGGUGUUCUCAUGCCCGGAAUCCUCACAGUGGGGUAUAACGCAUCGUUACUUGGAGGGGUUUUGACACUUCGGAAUUUCGAAGAUCAAUUCCCCGAGAUCGACAUCGCCGCUGCCCAUGAUCGCUCCCAUGCGUCCACAAUCCAAGGGCUUGUUGUGGCUGUGUACACAAUAGGAGGGCUUUUUGGAACAAUCUCCUGCAUAUGGCUAGGUGACGUAUAUGGUCGACGACGGACAAUUAUGGCAGGAUCUAUUGUCCAAGUCAUUGGCGCAAUUUUGAUGACUUGUGCAUUCGCUCUCAGCCAGCUCAUUGUAUCUCGGGUGAUCCUUGGCUUUGGCACUGGUGUUAUUCUAGCCACAAUCCCUCUCUGGCAAUCUGAGAUAUCACCUGCCAACAAGCGCGGUGCGCAUGUUGGCAUGAAGGGUAUAUUCAGCGGCUUCGGGUGCGCCCUUGCGCUUUUCCUUGACUUUGGCAUGUCUUUCACAAAAGGCAGCGUGGCGUGGAGAUUCCCAUUUGCCUUUGUCGUGUUGCUUUCUCUCGCUAUUUUGGUUUUCAUCUUCUACCUGCCGGAGUCUCCCCGAUGGCUGAUUCGACAAGGCCGAAUCUCUGAGGCGAGAGAAGUCCUGGCCGCUCUGGAGGAUACAUGCCUUGAUGAUAAAACCGUUGAGGCAAAGAUCAAGGAUGUCCAAAUCUCGCUGGACCUCGCGGGCAAGAAAUCACUGGGGCAGAUAUUCCAUAUGGGUCCUCAGAGAAAUUUCCACAGAGCCAUGCUUGCUGCCGCAGUGAUGUUGUUUAUGCAACUCACAGGCUCUACAGUCAUUACCUUCUACACGACUGCGAUCUUUGAGAAAAAUCUCGGGCUCGGAAACUCAACAUCCACCGUCCUGGGCGCAGUCUAUCAACUAGUCGGUCCCAUCGGCGGAGCAUUCUGCGUGCUCAAAAUAGAAAAGCUCGGUCGUCGGGUAUUACUUCUAGGAAGCGCGAUUGCAAAUGCCGUUUGUCUAGCCUUGGUAGCUGGCCUCGGAACCCAAAGUGACAACCCUGUCGCAAUGCGCGGCGCUGUGUUCUUCAUUUUUCUCUUUCAUUUCGCCUACAUCAUCGGCUUCGGCGCUAUACCAUACCUCUACGCCACCGAGGUCGCACCCUUGCAUCUACGAACGACUAUCAAUAGCUUCAGCAUCAGCAUCUCCUGGGCUGUCAGCGUCCUGCUCACCCUUGUCACACCCAUCGCAUUCAACAGUAUGGGACAAACAUACUUCGUCAUCUUCGCGGGUUGUAAUGCGGUUAUGGUGCCUAUCAUAUACUACCUGUUUCCUGAGACCGCUGGACGAACUCUCGAGGAAAUGGAUAAGAUCUUUGCCCUCUCGACGGGCUCCUUGGACGUGGUUAAAGUUGCUCGGCGUCUUCCACGUGGUCAGCCAAUCGAGUUGGAGAUCGAGAAGGAGCUCGAUCCCAACUUCAAGUGCCCCGAGCUUCAGCUCCGUGAAGUAUAUUCUCUUUGA